UCUCUCUCUCUCUCUCUCUCUCUCUCUCUCUCUCUCUCGUCAAAUUUGAUGAUGUGUCGUGUGAGUUCCCUUCUCGUGCGCGUCGUUUCGGGUUCAGUCUAAUUCUCGAAAGGAAAUAAGAGGGAUUCCGUUUGUUAUCUGCGCUUUCGUGUCUGUGCUUGUUUAGAAGUGGAGGUUGAUUUAGCACGGGGCCGUACCCAUCAAUAUGUAUAUCUGUCUACAUAAGUUUGGAUUUUGCUUGGGGAUUUCGACGAUUCGAGUGUUUCAGCUCUUGAUGUAUUGAGCAUGUUUUUUUAUUAGUUUAGGGGAAGAGUUAAGUGUGUCCCCUGUCGAACUCUUGGUAUUAAGCCGGAGCUUUUGAUACUUGAGUUGCUGAAACAAAGUGUGAUUUUCGGGUAUCAACUAUCCAUUACGGAAUUUAUUAUAGUGUUAGCACGGAGAGAGCAUGUAAUGGAUUCUUUUGUGUAUAUUUACUUGUUGCCUCGUUUUAAGAUGAUCUCUCUAUCUCUCGCUUUGAAGGAAUUAUUCCUAAGAGUUUGUGAUGGAGCCUGUGGAUUUGAAGAAGUGCAGUAAAGUGGAGGUGAUAGUGGAGGGGUGAAAGAGACACACGGGUUGUUUUUGUAGUCUCCAAUCUCCAUAUGAAAGUCCAAUUUCUUAAGAUAAGAUGCUGAUGCUCUGGUGCUUAUGCUUUAAGCGGCCAAUGUUCCUCCUAGUUUGCUGUUUACAUUUGCCUUGUGUUUUGAGUCUUAACACCUGAAUUUAUAUGAAUCCACAUUGUGUAGAUUUUUGGCCAGUUCUUGUUAUCUGAAGGCUUUAUUGAAAUCCACACUCCGAAACUGAUAGCUGGAUCCAGUGAAGGAGGUUCUGCUAUGUUUAAACUGGACUAUAAAGGGUGCCCUGCAUGCCUGGUGUAGUCACCUCAGCUUCAUAAUCAAAUGGCCAUUUGUGGUGACUUUGGGUGUGUUUUUGAGAUUGGCCCUGUUUUUAGGGCAGAAGACUCCUUCACACAUAGGCAUUUGUGUGAAUUUACUGGCCUUGAUGUUGAAAUGGAGAUUAAGAAGCACUAUUGUGAGGUAAUGGACAUUGUGGACAAGUUGUUCGUUACAAUGUUCGACUCAUUGAAUGCGAGUUGCAAGAAAGAACUUGAAGCUAUUGGAAGACAAUACACCUUUGAACCUUUAAAGUACUUGAGAAAGACCUUGUGGCUUACUUUUCAAGAAGAUGUUCAAAUGCUCAAGAGGAACCACAAGAAAGUGAUAUUUACAACUAUAUGCUUGUUGACACCUAAUUUUUAA